CUAAGUCGGACCUACAGUUGAGAUUGGCAAAUACAAAGAGCAACAGAACAGGGAGAGUUGAAAUAUUUCAUCCUUCCUUUGGCUGGGGUACUGUCUGUGAUGACGCAUGGAAUGAUGCCGACAGUGGCGUUGUCUGCCGUCAGUUGGGUUUCACUGGAGUGUACGCGACAAGGGAGGAAGCUUACUAUGGUCGCGGGACUGGUUCAAUAUUGCUUGACGAUGUGAAGUGCACUGGCAAGGAAUCAUUCAUAUGGGAUUGCAGUCACCCUGGGUGGAAUAAACACAACUGUGGCCAUUAUGAAGAUGUCGGUGUAGACUGUAACUGA